AUGAAUAUUACAUACUUGAAUCCCAUAUUGGAAGAUUUGAAAUGUCGCUUGACAUCUGGUAAUGGAUGCGGUAAUGAUACCAAUUCAGGCUUGGACUGCAGCUAUUCAGAAUACCCUGUAGACUAUUUCUGCAAAUUGAACAUAGAUGUGCAAAAUGAAACUUCUUACAGUUGUACAAGGUGUUCUAAUAACAGUUUCGAUUAUAACAUCAACUAUACUGUAUGCAACACUGGAUUCAAACUCAACAUGUUGUCUGUAAUUUUUGAGAGCGCUUUGAGAACUUUAUGGCUGAAACUACCAGAUUAUGAAGUGUGCGACUGGGAUACUUUGGUUUGUUUUAAUGGCGGUUUCGAUCGGAUGUUAUACAAGUACUUUAAUGAUAGUUAUUUAAAAAGUGGUGAAUUAGAGACCUUUCAAUGUAAGUGGAAUUUUAAAAACGUAACUGACAACUUAUCCGUGACAGCAGGGUACGAAUGGAGUUUUUUAUUUGUCAUAUUGUUUAUAAUUGCGGGCGGUGUCGGGAAUAUUCUGGUAUGCUUAGCCGUAUGUCUUGAUAAAAGAUUGCAAAAUGUGACGAACUAUUUCCUGCUUUCGUUGGCGAUAGCCGAUUUGCUUGUAAGUUUGUUCGUGAUGCCAAUGGGCGCCAUACCUGGAUUUCUAGGUUAUUGGCCACUAGGUGUUGUGUGGUGUAACGUAUAUGUUACUUGCGACGUUCUAGCUUGUUCAGCUAGCAUCAUGCACAUGUGCUUCAUAAGUAUUGGCAGGUAUCUUGGCAUACGGAAUCCACUUAAAAGUCGACACCAUUCAACUAAGAGAGUAGUUGUCAUUAAAAUUGCUCUCGUCUGGCUUCUUAGUAUGUUUGUAUCCAGUUCAAUUACAGUUUUAGGUAUAAUUAAUCGAUCGAACAUAAUGCCGACUCCGGACCUUUGUGUCAUCAACAAUCGACUGUUUUGGGUAUUUGGCUCCUUGGUUGCGUUUUACAUUCCUAUGCUGAUGAUGGUGGUUUCCUUUGCACUGACUGUGCAGCUGCUGAAAAGACAGGCGUUGUUGGCAGCGACACCCGUACCUGGAGCAACUCAAAGAAGGCAAUGCGGCGGUUUUGAUAACGACCCAACGCAAGGACCACGUCGCAUAGGAGCCAAAAGCUCCCCAGAUUUGUCGCCUCGUAGCAAUGUUUCAAGACAAAUGACUUGGAGAGUAACUUCAACAAAUAGGUAUACAUAUCAAUCACAGGCUAUUGAGCAAGUUUUGUUAAGUUUUAUGAAUGGUUGUGGCAAUGGUGCGGGCUCUGGUAAUAACAGGAGAGGGCGAGAUGUCGCAACGCAGACACCGCUUAAUAUAGCAGCAGAGACUAGGCGCGCAAAGUUGAGACCAUUGAAGUUAACCCUUGCUCCUGCUAAUGCUUUAAAUCUAAGAUUUAUAACUAAUCGUAAAAAAGGGCGAUCUCUAUCAGCGAAUGCAGUAGCCAAUGAACAAAAGGCUACAAAAGUACUCGGGUUGGUGUUCUUUACAUUCGUCCUAUGUUGGGCUCCAUUUUUCCUUCUCAACAUUUUAUUCGCAUCAUGUCCUACAUGUAUUGUUCCAGAACAUAUAGUUAACGUUUGCUUAUGGUUGGGCUAUAUGUCUUCGACCAUAAAUCCAAUUAUCUACACGGUCUUCAAUAGAACAUUCCGUGCUGCAUUUCUUAGACUACUUAAAUGUCACUGUAGCAGGCGAGGUCAUUGUACUCGUUACAUGUCAGUUGGAUCAACACGAGGAGCUUCACAACUCUGUGCGAGAUCUGCUCUGCCGUUAGCAAUAUCACUUCGACCGUCUGUUAUGCCUUCGUCAUCAACUGCUAUGCAGGAAACUGCAGAGUCCGUUCUAAUUGAACCUCAAUUUACGGGUUAUAAUUUGCGUUACUAG